UUCCUACUCAAGGAAACAGACGUUGUCAGUUAGCUUUAGCAGUAGCGGUGGAGUUAGCUGUUAUCUGAAGACAAACCUGCAAAGUGUACACGUCACUGCUGCCGAGUGUUGGAUCAGACUGACUCAGUUUCAGCUGUCCCUAAUAAAGCCAAGACAAAGUCCACCUGUAGCUCUAGGUAUGAUGUAGCAUCAUGUCUCUGCAGGUGACGCUGCAGCAGAGAAUCAGCUCUGCUCAGGCGUUGCUCCAGCGGAUGGAGCAGCUCUGUCAGGGUGUGGAGGGUCACCAGAAGCUCUGUGGUAAACUGCGAGCAGAGCUGCGCUUCCUGCGGCGGGUGGAGGCCGGAGAGCUGCAGGUCAAAGAGUCUCACCUGCACAGCACUAACCUGACUCACCUGACGGCCAUUGUGGAGUCGGCCGAGAGUCUGGAGGGCGUGGUUGCUUUACUGCACGUCUUCACCUACCAGGACACUGCUGGCUGCAGGCAGACGCUAGUGGUGGACGUAGUGGCUAAUGGGGGGCACACCUGGGUGAAAGCAGUGGGCAGGAAGGCGGAGGCUCUUCACAACAUCUGGCAAGGCCGGGGCCAGUAUGGAGACAAGAGCAUCAUUAGGCAGGCCGAGGACUUUCUACAGGCCAGCCGCCAGCAGCCCGUCCAGUACAGACACCCCCACAUCGUCUUUGCCUUCUACAAUGGGGUCUCCUCACCCAUGGCUGACCGCCUCAAGGACAUGGGCAUCUCCGUCCGUGGGGACAUCGUGGCCGUCAACGCCGUGGUGACGGGGGAGGGAGGAGAUGAGGAGGAGGACGAGGAGGACGAGGAGGAGGAGGACGACGAGGAGCCAGCUGAAGAUAUUGAGGAGGAGGAGGAGUCUGAGCUGACUCGAGUCGACCGUGGCACGGUGGUGGCCAGCCUGGCGUUUCCCACUCAGGUGCAGGUGAAGGAGUGUCAGCGCAUUAAUCUCGACAUCACCACACUCAUCACGUACGUGUCAUCGCUGAGUCAUGGCCGCUGUCACUUCACCUUCAGGGAGCCGGUUCUGACGGAGCAGGCAGCGCAGGAGCGCCGCCAGCAGGUGCUGCCACAGCUCGAUGCCUUUAUGCAGGGGAAGGAGCUGUUCGCCUGCCGGGCUGCUGUCCAUGACUUCCAGGUGAUCCUGGACACGCUGGGGGGACCUGAAGAGAAGGAGCGCGCCCAAAAGCUGCUCGCUCGUCUCCAUCUAGUGGAUGACCAACCGUCGGAGCGCACGCUACACCUCACUCCCAGCGCCAAGGUCAACCACCGCUCGCUCAUGAUCUUCGGCACCGGAGACUCACUCAGAGCUGUUACCAUGACGGCAAACAGCCGAUUUGUCAGGGCAGCAGCCAAUCAGGGCGUUCGAUACAGCGUGUUCAUCCACCAACCGAGAGCUCUGACCGAGGGCAAGGAGUGGAGGGCCUCUCCCAUCUGAUAGUGGCCACACCCUCCUGAGACAGAUAUUUCCUGUGCAGGGGCUGAUGGAGGUUUGAGUUUUUCAGAUGAUAAUAAAAAAGGUGUAAUGAUAAACCCGAUGUUAUCUGAGUUCAUGUAAAAAGAAUAUCAAUAAAGUAUCACAGCAA